AUGGUGUCCAAGGGGAAGCCACUCUUGAACAUCAGCCAGCCAACUUCCCAACCUGGAAGGGAAAGACGGGACUCAUCAACUGAUUGCCUACCCCUAUGGAGUUCUGGAGGUGAGCAGCCGCGAGACAAGCCGACAGGGAGGGACUCGGAUGAACAUGGACCGUCGGACCAGAACUCCACGGAGAGACCCUUUUCAGCCCCCAACCUCGAACCAAUCCUGGCCCAGACCAAGUCAGGCGCCUACGCAUUUCAGGGACUUUGCCCUUUUCUCUCUGUUACCAAACAUCAGCUCGUGAGCUUGCCGCUCUGUGCCGUGGUCCACGCACGCCCAGAGAUUCAGAUUACCGGUAAUACAGUGUACCGCCUGAGGCAUUUCGGUUUUAGGCUCGACUCCGCUCUUGGUCCCAGCCUGCUUGGAGCUCCUCCACUAUUUUCCCCCUGUUUUCUGGGCUCGGACACCCGCCGCCACCGCCUCCCCCGUCUGUCGACGACCUCGCCACCACCGCCAUCGAACACUCUUUUCACAAUACACAUAUUCUUUACUUUCGACCAUUUCCCAUCUUCGGCCGACCACAUCUUUGCAAUUAGUACCCAGGGUCAUCGCGGCCACUUUGCGAACAGUGAUUCUCCAACCAUCACACUUCAGCUUCAGCAUCUCGAUCAUCGGGUAUCGGAUAUCCCGACACUGCCCACGAUGCGUGAAGUUAACUUCAGCAUCCCAAACGUCAACAAGGCGUCGGUGGGCAUCACCACCGCCUUGUACGACCGCCGCGCCCUCGAUUGCACAUCCACCCUGCCCUUGAUCAACUCACUCAACCAUCUCGCCUAUCUCACCACCUCAUCCGCCCGCAUCCGCGACAUUCUAACCGUCGAUGGCGGCAUCGAACGUCUCGUUACCAUCCUCAAGCGCGGCCGAACCAAAGAUAUGAUGGACAUGUGGAAAUGGAACUUGGCUUUCCAAUGCGUCGUCAACAUUGGUGUUCGGGGCACCGAGAAUGUCCGUACCCGCGUCGUCGAGGCCGACAUGGUGCCUGUCAUUGCCACCAUUCUGGACAACUACCUCAAGGUCAUUGAAAAAUGCCGCGAAAAGGCCGAAGAAGCCAAAGAUAAAGAAAAGGAGAAUCGCCAUCGGAGCCUCGAGCCUCGCAGUUCCCCCAAGGCUCCCUCUUUCGCCAAUCGGCCCAGCCGGUUCGAGCCGGAGCAGAGGACUUUCAGAAGACAAGCCCCGCCUCCGUCCAUCGACGUAUCGGCACCUUACGCUGGUCCCUCGUCCGCUGCCGCCGUUGAUGGUCAAGAUGGCGAUUUGACUCCUACCCCAAUGGCACCUCGUCUCACGCAAGCCGAACGGUUUGGCCUCACCUCUCAUCUCCAUCAAUCCCAUACCCAUAACCACCAUCAUCAUCACCAGCAACCUCAUUUCCCGCACUUUGCCAGGGCUGUCGAGUCGCGCCAUUCCGUUGCCUCCGCAUCUCGCCCAAUGAUGCAGCCGCUUACCGCAGCCACUCCGCCGCUGGCUCCGACCGAAGCCGUCGAUGCCUUUGGACGACCAGUUCAUGACGCUGUUGAUCGUCUCGCCUCCAUGUUUGGACCUGUCGGUCUGACCUCACAACCGACAUCCCCUACCACGCCUCUUCCACCAUCCCACGCGCGUUUCCCUUCCAUCCAUCAGAAUAUCGUCGCCAGCCCGCCGUCCCGCCGUCGGCCCUCCAUCAGGCAUCAAAACUCCACGCAAGACUCCGAUGACCUGAUUGGAGACGACGCGCAGUCGGACGAGUCGCCCGAUGCCGAAAUAUCUGACAGGGCCGACGAGCAGGCGGCUGUGGAUAUUCAGGAUAUCACCAUGGAAGAAAGCAAUGCCAUGCUCCCGGGAUCCGCCACCAUCGAGCUCUCUCCUCCCACCGUUUCCGAGACCCAGGACACUGGCGCCUUCAACAUCACCCACCGUGUCGGAUCCGUUGAUCUCACCAUCCCCAACAACACCGCUCCCCCUCCCGUUCCCCAAAUGGGGUUCUCACCCAACCGUCCCACCAUGAUGCCUCCCACCCAACCAUCCAUGCCGAAUGCCUCCGUCCCCCGCUAUCUUCUCGACCGCCACUUUGUCCCGAAUGCCCAGAUCAUCGCAUGCAUGCCGCGUGAAGAGGACGUCUUGAUGUCCCUCCAACUUCUUGCCUACGUCUCCAAAUAUUGCGGCCUGCGAUCUUAUUUCCAAAACAGCCAUCUGGUUCCCAGGCUCAAGAUUGGCAAGCAGCUGCGCUACCUGGACGGCGACGAAUCAGUCCUCGACGAGCCAGACGAGGAAAAGAUGGAAGAAGAGUUCCUCCUGCCAAACGACUUCAACAUCUUCCCCUUGGUCGAGAAGUUCACCGUGCGACAUCACAGCCCGGAUAUGCAGUACUGGGCAGGCGUCGUCAUGAGGAACCUGUGCCGCAAGGACGACACCAGAGGCGGUAUCCGCCAGUGUGCCUACUAUAAGUGUGGGAAGUGGGAAGAAUACACACGCCAGUUCGCCAAGUGCCGGCGCUGUCGGCGUACCAAGUACUGCAGCAAAGAGUGCCAGAAGAGUGCGUGGGCUUUCCACCGCCACUGGUGCGUGGCCGCAUCUCCAUGA